CAACAUAUGUUAUUAUAACACAUUAAGACAAACAAUUAGGAACCUACCUGUUUACAGUAUUGUCAAGUUGUAUAUUUUUUAAGUAACUUAUACCUGUUUAUACUUACGUCACCACGUGGAAAUCGUAGAAUGAAAUUAAUUAUUCUUUUGUGAAUGUUUACCAAUCGUUCCGUCGACAAAAUAUAAAUAUCCUUACGAAAAAGGUAUGUGACGCAACAGAUCGGUGGCUGCGGUAAUUAAUGAGGUGAGUACCUACUUGACCACAGAAUAGAAUAUGAAAAUAUUGAAUCGACCAACUUGUCGAUUCUUUGGUUGCGAUCAGUGGUUCCGUAAUUUUCCUGAUAUAAGUACAAAAUAAUUUCUUAGUCCGAAACCAGUCAUCGUUUUGUUAUAUCUAAGUACUUACUUCUAAUUUAGCAUCCUAGCGAUUUUAGACUUAAAGCGUGACGAAUGAUUUAUGAUUAGUGAAUUAUAUUUAAAAAAAGACGGACAUACUUCGCACGUGGGUGGGUCACUGUUGUAUAGGUGAAAAAUUGUGAAGGUAGAGUGGAAAUUGAAUCUUUAUAUUAUGUACGCAACGAUUAACCAUUGCUAACGAAAAACGAUUCUGAGCGGAGUUCCGAUCUGGAGCCGAUUAUAGUAAUGCCUAACUAUUUUUUAAUUCUUUCAGGUGGUUAAAAAUGUUGAAACAUCUAAAUAUUUAAGCAGAUGAUCUCGUAUUCCAUGAAGCGCUUUUAGAAACUUUACAUGCAUUGGCCCCACUAAAAACUAUAAGAAUUACCCAUAAUUUCCCUAGACGGUUUAACGAGGAAAUCAAAACCCUUGUUUGAAAGAAAAAUAAAGUUUAUUCAAUUUAUAUUAGAAAUAAAAGUUGAUUAAAUUAUGAAAAAUGUUCGUUGUUGUGAGUCCAAUGUAAAUCAAAAUCAAAAAUUGUUUUUCAAGAAUUUAUACACCAGUCGAAAAGCAUAAUUGUCACGAAUCAAAAAAAAAUUUGGAAUUAGGUAAAUUUUAACACUAAGUCCCAUGGUAUGCCCUAAUUUAUAUUUCUAGCUGAUACAAUUGCCAAUAAUGGUGCGGUUAUUGCUAAUCUAUUUUCUGAUUACUUCUUCACAGUAUGUAAUUCAUUACCCAACGCUCCACCUGGAAAAUCUUAAAUUUCUGUACUUAUAGUUGCAAAAAUUUAUACUCUACUCUUUCUGGAAAAUUUGUCAAGUACCUAGAUGUAAUAUACACCGAUCUUGAUCGCGUUGAUCGUGAAUUAUUGAUAAUCGUGUUGAGUAAGUUAGGGUUUAGUCAUCCAUUAUUGUCUUGGUUGAACUUUUAUCUUACAAACAGAUCCCAGUUCUCUCGAGUCCACGUUUCUUUUCAAAUACCUUUUCUGUUUCAUCAGGAACUCCCCAAGGGGGUCAUUUAUCGCCCAUCUUAUUUAAGUUAUUUAUGAAUAGAAUACCAUCAGUCCGUGGCAUUCUCAUGAAUUUCCAAUGGGUGAAGGGGUUGUGGGUAAUUUUCAAAAAAAUAUGUAAGGAGCUACCAGCAAACACCCCUUUAGUUAUGACAUUUAAUAUUAUUUUAGAUUCUGAGUGGAGCGAGGAAUGUAUUGGUUUUACAAUGAUAUAUUUAUUUUUUAUUUAUGUUAAUAAAUUUUUCUACCAGAAAACAUAAUCCGAUUAUCAAGUGUAGCAUCUUUUCUGAAAGGAAAUGUUCUCUGAGUGGUAUUUUAAAGAUGUCAUUUUUUAAAAUUCUCAUUAAUAUUCGAGAUAAUGAAGAAAACCCAGUUCUUUGGGUUAAAAAAUAUUGAAAGAUUAAAAAUAAGGCUGUCAUUGGCAACCGUUUUUUUUUUUUGUUAUUAUUAAGUUUUAAAAAAUUUUAAUAUUUUUUAAACAAUCAUUGUUGUCACGAAAGCGUGCAUUGUUGUAAUUAUUUUCAGGGCCGGAUUUAAACAUUAGGGGGUCCAGGGCAAAAAUAUUUUGGGGCCCUAAAUGGUCCAUAACAAAAAUUGCAUACCUACCUAAACUUAUACCAUGNAAGUCAUACAGUAAUAUAUUAUUUAUUUUAUUAAUAAAAAAAUAUAAUCUAAGGCUAAAAUGUAUUUAAUUAAAUAUAUAUAUUAAUAAAUUGUACCAAAAAUUUGUAUUUAUAUUUUUAAUAAAGAAAAUAGUCAAUUAAAAGUUAAGAUUAUUAUUACAGUCAUUAACCUAUUAUGUAUACAUAGAAAAUAGAAUAUUAAAAAUUGCAUACUUUUCUUAAUUUCUUUUCUGCAAAGUCAUCUAUAAUAUCAUCAAAUGACAGAUUAUCCAACACAUCACUUUCAAUGCUGAUAACUGAUAAAAAGUUCAAACGAUCUUCAUUCAUUGUAGUUCAUAAUCUAUUUUAUAUUUUUUUUAUAUUUCUGAUUCGAGUCUCGGGGGCCCCUAAAAUUUGGGGGCCCGGGGCAUAUACCCUUAAUGCCCCCCGUCAAAUCCGGCCCUGAUUAUUUUACCAUAAUAUGACAUAUAUAUUGUUAACUAAGCAACCGUAUCAACCGAACUCUGCAGCUCAGAAUCGUUUAUUCGUUAGCAAUGAUUUAUCGUUGCUUACAGAUAUACAUUAAAUUCCCGUCUAUAUCCUCCUACCUUCCCAUCUACAAUAGUGGAUGCGCCCAUGUGUGAAGUAUGAUAAAAUAAUUACAACAAUGUGCGUUUCUAUAACAACAACGAUUGUUCAAAAAAUAUUAAAAUAAUAAAACCUUAAUAAUAACAAAAAAUAAAUAAAAACGGUUGUCAAUGACAACAUUAUUUUUAAUCUUUCAAUCUUUUUAACCUAAAGAAUUGGGUUUUCUUCAUUAUCUCGAAUAUUAAUGAGAAUUUCAAAAAAUGGCUUAUCUAAAGUACCACCAGAGAACGUUUCCUUUCAGAAAAGGUGCUAUUAUACUUGGAAAUCGGAAUAAGCUUUCUGGUAGAAAGUGUUCACAUAAAAAAAAAAAAUAAAUAAAUAAACAUCUAUAUAAAACUAAUACAUUUUUUUAAACUCAGAAUCUAAAAAAAUAACAAAACAAAAUUGAAUGCACUUUUUAUUUUUAAUAAUUUUUCAAUAAUUUGUUGGUGCAAUAAAUAUAUUUAAAUUGUAAAUAUACACUAUAAGGUGCGACAAUUAAUUUUCACACCGUUACAAAUUUAUAACGAAUUUAUUGCAAAAAAAACAGCCAAUGGGAGGGAUUUAAAUCUCACGAACCCCCCUCCUGUGAGUACGUUCAUAUCAUAAAGUCUUAAGAAAUGCCACGCUCAGUUCUUUACAAACGAUUAAAAAAUAUUUACUCGUAUUUCCUUGUUAGAUGAUUAUGAAUUCUACAAGAUGAAUUAAAUAUUUUGUCUGAUUAGUGCCAAAAUUGGGAUAUAUGCCUAAAUACUGAUAAAUGCUAUUCAAUGAGUUUUUACAGAUUCCGAGAGAAUAUAAUUCAUAUACGUAUUCCAAAUUAGAUCAGAUUUUUCAAAUACAGAUUUUGGCAUUACUUUAAACAAUAAAUUAAAUUUCCGUGGUUAUAUUGAGUGUGCUGUGAAAAAAAAUCACUGAAAGUUUUGGGCUUUAUUAAGCGUCACUCUUCUAAUUUUAAAGAUUUGAGAUCAUUCAAACUCCUGCAUUGUGCGUUAGUUAGGUCUAUUCUGGAAUACGGUUUUCCUAUAUCUGGUGUCCAUACUUUAAAAAAUGGCAUUGACUUCAUUGAACGUGUUCAAAAUCAAUUUCUAAAAUUUGUAGCACUCAAAUUCAAUAUAACCGUCGAACUCCAUGAUUAUACACAAAUUAGGGCUUAGGAUUUCAUUUGUUAUUUCAAAAUAUGACCUUUUUAAACUAGGUACUUACCUACCAAGUAGAGCCAAAAUCCAACAAAAAAGUUCUUCUGUUAUGUUUUGAUUAGAGCAAGAUUUCUGAGCGAAAAGUGGUUUACAGACAGAAAAAAAAAUACACAUAGUAAAACUAAUAGAUUUCUCACUUCACUCAGAAUCUAAAAAAAAAUCAUCGAAUAUAAAUAAUCAAUAAACACUGCGAAUAUGUAUUAUAAAAUAAUUAUUCUUGUCUAUAUAUAUGUACGGGUCGAUGACACGAAGUAUUUAUUUACAACUUGUAAGCGCAUGAUACCAAUUGAAUAAUAAUCGUGAGUUUUAAUAUAAUACUUAAAAUACUUUCACGUUUGUGAUUACUGGUAUUGCUUUAAUAAUCAAGUUAGUACAGAUAAAAGAAGAUGCUUUGUUGUUUUUAAGAAUACAACCAUUGUUGGUCGGCUUGAUUUUCUUAUUUUUAAUCAAUUUUUCUCAUUUGAAUUUACAUGUUAUUAUUACACUUUGGUAGUUUGUCUAAAUCACAGAUUUAUAAUAUAAUAUAUAUUAUAUACCUAUAUUUAUCUGUGGUUCAAAUCGAACUCUAUUCUUUGACCAUGGUCCGAGAUGUGCUUAUCAUCAAUAUCUGACGUUAUCACAGGACAUCCGGACAAGAGAAAAAAUAGGAAAAUAAAUAAUAAGAACUAAAAAAUAUUUUUCUUUUUCCUUUCAAUAGGUUAUUUUUCUAAUUUUAAUUCCUCUAGAAGUAUGGAUAUUGGACUUAAUAUCUACAAUCGUGUCCAAAUCCUGUUUUCAAUAAUAAUUUUUAAUAUUUAAACGAGUAACAGAAAUGCCAUUUGCACUGAAUUUCAAUUUACACCAUUAAUUGUGACUAUACAACACAUUAGCACACAAUUAUGAUUCACGCUAAUUGUUGCUGACAUAUACACAUUCCUUGUAUACUUGUUUGUCAGUAAGUACUUAUUUCGUUAAUGUUCCUAUAUAAUCUGGUUAUAUCCUUCAUAAUUUACCUCUCUACUAUUGCAUUUUAGGUCCAGCAAAUGAAAUGCGUUUCAACAAACAGGAAAUGAUUACAUUGGCACAACAACCAUCACAUAAAUUUGAUAAAGAAGGAUUAUUGUUUGUGCGUGAACGUCAGGAAGGGUUUUUCAGGAGAACCGAGAGUGAGUAAAUAUUUGGUUUGUGACUGGUUGGUGCAUAGGUACUUUAAAAAUUAUUACAAAAUAUUACUAGAUUACCAAAAAAAGCACACCUACUAUUUAAAUUUAGUUCUUGAAAGUUUGCAAUUUAGUACUUAUAAAAAGUUUAGAGAAACUUUAUUAUAGACUAUAAUUUUGAAAUAAUUACAUUUGCUUAGCAUGAUUGAACUAUUUAUUUUAUUUUAUUAUACCUUUGAUAAUUUUAAGUUGAUUGUCUGCUAAAAUGUUUUAUUUUUAUAAAAACUUAAAUAAAAUAUUGAAUUUAUUUCAGCAUGUUUUUCAUUUUAUCAGUGUUUAUUACAGAGUCUGUAAAUAAAUUUUUGUAGACUUGGGUCUAUGUUAGAAUGUUUUAUCAUUAUUUGGAAUUAUGCAUGAUACAAUUUAGUAAUUUUACAUGAAUGGUAUUGGAUUGGUUUAAUAAUAUUCUUAUAAUUCUACCUACCGUAAUAACAUUGUGUGUAAAAGCAUUGAAAUAAAUAAAUAAUAAUAUCUAUAACAAAAUUAGAAAUAACAUCAUUAUUUUAAUAAUGUUAACACAAUUUAAUUAUAAGUUUUAGUCAAAGAAUAAUACACACAAGUAGCUAUAAAUAAGUAUUAUGUUUAUUGUUGUUGUAAUUAUGAGUAGGUUACUUAUAGGAUACUAUCGAGAUAUAAAAUGUUAUUGUUACUAAGUUAAUUUUUAUCAAUGAAUAAUUAAAUAUAAUUUUUUAAUUACAAUAGUAAUUAUCUAUCUAUUUGUUGAUUGUUUUGACAUCUGUAUUCUCAUUAAAUAAUUUUAGUUUACAUUUUUUUAGAACAUUGCAGAAGUUUCAUUAUUGGGUAGUUUCUUCAUUCAAAAUUUUCAUGUAACACAGUAAGCAACUUUACUUAUUUAUUGUGUUUGUGGAAUUAAGCUUGUAUAUGAAUAACAAAACAAUAAUUUGCAAUUAUUCUAUACACAUUUAACCUGGAAAAGUUAAUAUUUUGUAUAAUAAAUUAUGUGGCCAGUUUUAUUUAAUUUUUCAAAUUAUUUAUAUUUGGUAAAUAAUUACAAAACUAACAUUUUGUGUUAGUAUUAUAUUCUUAUGAAAAUUAAUUUAAUAACUUUGAAUACUUUGAUAUUUUUAGGUGUGUAAUAAUAAAGAUUCCAUUCAUCAUUAAAAAACUUUGAAAUUUAUAUUCAUUUCAAAUUUGAAUUAUCUUGCCUCGAAGAUCAAAUGUUAUUUAAAAGUUGAUUAUUAAUUCAAGUAAAAAUUAUGAUGUAGACAAUUGUAAUUCAGAAUGUUCUCUAGAAAUGUAUAAAAGUCAAAUUUUAAUAGUUUUCAUAUUAAAUAUUUUUUUAAAAAAAAAAAAAACAUAAUAUUGUGGAUAAAAUACAUUACUUAUGGUUUGGAUUUUAAAGAUUGUGUUAUUCUUGCUACAAAAAAAGAAAAUGUACCUAAUUAUUGCAUUGUGAUUUUUUCGUUUUUUAUUUUACUGGUUAGGUAUUGUGUUUUCCAAUUACUUAUAGAUUUUUAGACUAUUUGAGAUAUUUAAACAAUUUCAGAGAGAGACUCAAAAAGAAGCAAAAAGCGGGAGCGACUUAGCGAUUUGAACUGUUACGGCGGAUCACAAAAAGGUAUAUGAUUAUAAACAUUUUAUAUAAUUAAAUAUUUAUACAAUACUGAAACAUAAUAGGUAAUGAUAAUAGGCAAUACACAAUGAGGUAUGUUAAGUGGAUUAUUUAUGAUAAAACAGUAAAAAAUGUAAAUAUCCCAUUCAAGCCAAUCUGAUUUACAAUACUGGAAAUAACAUUUUUAUAGUUUGUGUAAGAUAAAUUGGCAAAACUGCAACUAUAAGAUAAAUAAUAUUAUUAUUCUUAACACAGUUUAAUUCCAAUAUUUUUCAUUAAUUAAAGCAUAUAUUUAGAAUUUAUUCAAAAUGACUUAUAUGCAUAGUAAAUAUUUAUUAUUUUUCAUUUUUUGUUUGAGGAAAGGAGAUUAUUAUUAUCUUUUUAUUACAGCAUUUAGUAGUUUUGUCCAUAUUUAUACUAUAAACAAACUAUAUUGUAUUAUUUAUUAAUUAUUAGCAUGAAACUUAUGUGUUGUCGCAUGAUAUAUCCAUAUGCAAUCUAUUACUAGCCAACCUAACAGUUAAUUGUUCAUUAAUGUUGAAAUAAUCUUUGAACCUUUUAUAUCUUUAUGAUGCAUGUUGAUAACUUUUUAUUAGUUCAAGUUAAAUGUAAAAUUGUUAGGUACAGUUUAAGUAAUAUUAAUAAUUUCCAAUUAAUUCUGAAUAUAAACUAUAUAUAAAUAGAAUAAUGUUAAUAAUAAAUCAUAUUACCAAUAGCAUUUUUUAUUCGUUUUUUUUCAGAUGAAUAUGAAUGUUUUAUUGUUAAUAUUUUUAAAAUCUAUUCAAUUAAACAAAAUAAAACCAAUUUCUUUAAUUUAUUCAAUAGUGUAAUUAUAAUACUGAGAAUUUUGUGUUUACUGUUAUUAUCUAUUCUAUUGUAUAGUUGAUUGGUUUUAUUAAGUGAAUUUGUUAGUCUGUGCUGAUAGUGUACAGGAAUGUCUAAUAUAAUUAUCAUAUUCAUAUUAAAUUAUUGAAUAUCUAUGAUUUUAAGUUUAGUUAUAACUAUAAUUUUGAUAAAUGUUAAUUUGUGUUUUAUUUUGUACUGUUUAAAGCUAAUUUUGAACGUUGGUGUCGUUUGAGGGGAAAUUUGUUAUUUUACCUCAAGUCUGACGAUCAACUAUCAGAUUUACUUGGUGUUAUUGUUCUACAAAACUAUUCUGUACAAUUGGAUGAAUCUCCUGUAGAAGGACCAUUUAGUUUUCAAAUAGGUAUAAUUUAUUUUCUCAAGUUAAAAAUAUUUUUACAUUUCUAAUGAGUAUGUAUAUAAAUUUAAUAGUGUUUGAAAACGGUAUUUGUCAACAAAUUGCUGCACAUACGGAACCCGAAAGGGAUUCCUGGUUAGAAGCAAUAAAGCAAGCAAGCUACGAAAUUAUGCGAGCAAGACUUUUGAAUCUCAGAAGACAAUUGGAAGAAAAACGAAAGCCUGAUUUAGAUAUUAAUAUGUGGAGAUUACGUAAAAAUCAACCUAAAUUGGGUACAAUUUUAUAAUAAUAUUAUUAUUAUUUUUUAAAUAUUAAUAUUUAUGUUUUUUAGAUUUAACAAAAGUACCACUGUGUGAAAUUUGCUUUUCUUGUGACAACUUGAUAUGUGAUGGACAUGGGCGUUCUCCAAAUCCGGCAAUUGUUGUAUCAAUAUUUAUACCAAGUGAAAACGUUUGGAUUAAUUAUGCCAAUACAGAAGUUAUUAAAGACAACAGUAAUCCAACGUUUUUGAGAACUAUAUGGUUGCAAUGUAGCGAUGGAUUGACUGAAGAUAGUGUCCUUCGAGUGUCAGUCUAUGAUGUGCGAGAAUGUAUUUCAGGAACUGCUGUAAAAAUGGGACACUGCGAAACAAUUCUUAGUUCAUUAUUAGAAACUACUCAUUCAGGAAACAAUGGACAACGUGUUCGGUUACCCCUAUCUUCUCCAAGCAUUCGGUCAGAUUCAGAUAAAAUUGUUGGUUUUGUGACCAUGACAAUUUGUCAACCAGAUAAGCAGAUUGGCCAUAACAUGAGUACAGAAUCAACUCCAUGCAAGUCAUUAAUGUAUAACAAUCAUAUUCCUGUAAGAUGACUUGGGAAAUUUGAAUGAUAUUUUAAUAUUAUUAACUUUAUACAAUACUUUGUACAUUUAUUGUAGAUGAUAAACCACCGAAGGACACAAUCAUUACCUCCAAGACUUGGAUCCAGAUUACGUGUUCCAUUACAAAACUAUCUGUAUUUAUUAUUUGAUAAUGUAUCAUUUGUGACUUAUCGUUUUCAUUCAGGUUUAAGGGGAGAUAUUUCUGUUUAUGAAAUAAUGGCAGAAAGCAAGCUGUGCUUUUAUUUACCGCAACAAUUAUUGUAAGAAUUUAUUCAUUAUUUUAUUUAAGCAUGAGUGAAAUUUAACUGAUACCUGUAAAUAGAAACAUUUGGAUACUCGAGGAAAAAGAACUUUUACAAGAAGUGUCUGGAAUGGGAGAAUUAUCUGAGCCAUGGCACUCUAAACAAGUAGAACUUCUUGACAGACAUUUACAACUAUUACAUUUGUAUUCUCAAGCCAAACAAAAUCUAGAAAAUCAAAAAGGUAAAUCAAUAAUAAAAUUGGUUUUUAAUAAAAAUAACCAUUUAAAUAAUUUUGAUUGAACUUAUAUUUUUUUGUAAAAUUAUUUCUAUAGAUUACAUAGUUAAUUUCAGAAUUUUUUGGCUCUUUAAUUUAUUUUAAAUUAAUAUUUUUAGAUUAGUGUUUUAUAAACAAAAUUUGAACUAUAAAAAGAUUUAAAUAAUUAUUUUGUUAUUAGGGAUUCAUUUUAAACCAAGUUCUCGUAAAAAUGAUCGUUCACUGGAAUUUGCACCAAUAAAUUUACACCUACAACGCAUUUGGGUUCAAAAUGAUACUCUGAAAAAGAGUGGAUUUUAUGAUACAAUUACAGUGGGCGCUUUUACUGCACAUUCACAUAAAUCUAAAACUGGGGGAUUAAUUAAGUAUACAAAUACUACAACAUAUUAAUCAACAUUUUUAUUAUUAUUUAUUAAUAUUAAUUUAUUUUUAAAGAUUAUUACAACAACUCAAAGAAGCACCUCUGAAGACAAAUGGUCAUGCUAUGGCUAGUAGCAAAAUUUCUAUGGCUUUUGAUGCUAUUCAAGCAAUAAAACUUCUCAGGCGAGAAGUAGUAGAUGCAAUGAAAACUUUGUUAAAUUUAGCUAAAGAUAAGCAAACUGCAGGAAUGAUGCCAAUUUGUAAUGAUAUGAUGUCUAAAGUAAUUACUAAACCUAUUUUUACUGUAGAAUGUAAUAUAUCUAGAAUGGUUUAAGAAUACAAAGCCACUAAACAUAACAGUUUUCAUGUUCUAUGUGACUAAAUUAACUGAACUUUACAAACUUUAUUUAUAAUAGUUAAGAUUCUGAGCGUAGUGAGGAAUGUAUUGGUUUUACAAUGAUUUUUAUUAUUAUUAUUUUUUUAUCUGAACAACAUUUCUACUAGCAAUUUUGCUUCAAUUAUAGCAAUUUUUUCUGAAAGGAAAUCUGACUAGGUGAUACUUAAGGGAGGUCUUUUUUUUUUAUUUUCCCAGCUGUCUUUAUAAUAAAUAAUAAUAAUUAUUUGGUUGUCCUAAAACAAAAUUAAACUGCUGAAUUUAAUGGCUUGGUAAUUUUACUGAAUACUGUAUAAUAUCUUAUAAAUACAUAUUUUGAUAUUUCUCUCUAUAUUUAUUUCUUUUAGACACGUAUUUUGCUAAGCCUUUGGGAUCCGAAGCUUGUUGAAGAAGCAUUGAAUUUUAUUGAAGAACAUAAAGUGACACCUGUGUCAUGUGAUGACAAUGAAUCCAUUAAAAAUUCUUCAAAUUAUCAUGUAUCACCAUUUAAACGUAUUGCUAGCCAGAUAAAUUUUGAUCUACAAUCACCAGACACGGAAGAUUUAUAUACUCCCGAAAGUCCAAAAAGUCUGAGGAAUCUAAUAAAAUUGAGUGCAAAGGGAAUUCAAGAAGAAACUGACAUGAUUAAUAGUGAAGAUCAACAACAGUUUAUCGUGUUUCCAGAAUCCAAGGGUGAAAUGGAUAGUAACGAAGAUGACACAAAAAAUAUUUCUAGUACUUAAUUCAUUAACUUAUUUCUAUAAAGUUUAUGUAUUAAAACAAUAUUAAUAAAUAAAUAUAUAAAAAAAAAAUAUAUUCAUUUUUAGGUUCCAAAGAAAAUUCAAUAGUUAUUGAAAGUGGUAAUGGUAUGAGAACAGGUCAAUUUUUAGACACCUACUCAAUGUGUAAUUCACCAUCAGCUAAUUACUAUAAGCCAACUGAAGAGCCAGAACCAUGGGAACUUACUCAGUUAAAUAUUGAAGCUAGUAUUAUGUGUCUUGUGAGUAAAGUUAAAUUCUUGUGUGGCCGUUGCAAUAGUCCAGCAGUGAGAUUAAGGUCUCAAAGAUGUCGCAGCUUCCGUUCAAAUGUAACAUCACCAAAUCAAGUAAACUAUUUUUGCCAGAUACAAUAAUGUUGAAUAGUUACAAUUUUUUUUUCGUUAUUCUGAGUAAUAAGUCAUGUUAAUUUAAACUGCAUGUCUUAAAACAAUUUUAAUGAUGGCAGGUUGAAAAAUUAUUUCUAAAAUUAGUAAUAUAUUAGAUAUAAGCAGGUUUCGAUAUACCUAUUUAAUUAAUUUUCAUAUUGUACCUCUAAUGGCUUGAUUUAUGAAAAAGAAUUGGAUUAUGAAUUUAUACAUAUGUUAUGCCAAUAUAUUUACAAUCUAUAUAAAAAAAAAUUGUUUUUCUACUAAUUUAGUAAAACAUGAUUUUUUGAAUCAAUUUUUCAUUUUAGUCUAUUACUUUUCGUAUAGUAUAUUUUAUAUUUAUUUUUUAAUUUUUAAUUUAAUUAAUUGAUAAUAAAUAUUUUAGGUGACAAAUGGUCAUCAACCAGUGAGCUUAGAUACCAGAAUGUCCCAAUUAGUUGAUUCAAAUUUAGAUAAUGGAUCACAAACUAUAAAUACCAAGUAAGUAGUACAUUUUCCAAGCUUUUAUAAAAAUGGUGUAUAAAUUAAUUUUUUAUGUUUAGUGUGCUUCCUAGAAACAAGUUCACAGAAGGACUUGAUUUUAAUCUCAUGACUGAUUGGCCUACUGAAUUAAAGCCAAGCAUGCGUAAACUUCGCCAAGCUAUGGAUGGACUUUUGAAAACUGCUAGACUUACUCAUAGUGUUUUCAGAGUACAAGAGGAUAAACGGUCAGCUGAAAGGUCAUGCAAUGUUCGAUAUCGAAGACACGUCUGUUUUUCUCAAGCUGUAAUAAAGCCAUUUUAUUUUUUUUAUGAACAACUAAUAUAAACAUUUAUUUCUUUAUGGAAUAUACUAGUUAACUGCUCUUGUUAGCGGUUUAAUGGCAAAGUUGUGGUGUCAAAAGCCUGACCCAGAAUUCUUACAUACAUUGUCUUCAAUUGGUUGUCUAGCCUCUUUUGAAUGUCUAUUAAGUUACUAUGGCAAUGAGAUUGAUAUGUGGGGUGACAUGGCUGUAGCUGUUGAAGACCUGGCGACUGUGAAUUUUACCUUGUUACCAGUAUCACAAGCUGUUAGGUAUUAUAUAUACAAUUAGUACAUUUAUAAUAAUGUUGGGCAUAUUUUAAUGAUAUACAGGAUGAUUCACUAAGAAUGCUUACUCUGUAUUAAACAUAUAGUAUCCCUAAGAAUAUUAUUUUUUUUUGCAGAGAAAACCCAAAAGAUGAAAUUAUGCCAAGGAUUAUAGGUUCCAAGAGUUCAUUAUGUGUCCUGUUACCAGUUCCUGAUUUGAUUCAGUCUCUAUUACCUUCCAAAGCAAUUGCUCCAUUUCGAGUUACACCUGUUUUUUUCAAUAUAGGCAUUAAUGAAAUGGCUACUCUCGCAGAGAACUUAGGAAAUACUAAACCUCAGGACAGCAGCAACGUAGAUAAUUUUGAAAGAUUAAAUGAGUUUUGUUCAAGAUAUCGCAAGCUUAAUUUAUCCCAUAAUGAUGAUUGUGAACGGCAUUGCACUUCUAUUGGUGAACUGAUAGACAGUUUAAAAGAUUCAUUACAUAGUAAUAAGAGUAAAAAUGUGGAAAUAUUGCAGAUAGUAGCCAAAGUGUGCCGGCGUUUAAAAGGUAAGGCAUAUCUAAUUGUUUGAAUUCAUUAAAUAUAAAUUAUAAUGAUCAUUAAGAUUGUAUCAUUAAUGUAUACAUGCAUACAGUGUUUAUUUGAAGGGGUGACCAAAGGGGUAUUCCUCCCACAGAAAAAUGUAUUCCACCUCCUGAAAAUGUGUGACAUUACUAGACUAUUAACUACAUAUGAUAUGAUAUAUGCAAUGAGUUAUGGGUCGAUUAGCAGUCAUUUUGUUGACAAUAAAAUUUAAAAAAAAAAUUUGUUACAUAAAUAACUGUAUUUUAACAAGCUACAAAAAUUCAACAUUGAGUAUAUUUUCUUAAUUUUUUUCCCAGGUUUAAAAAUUUGUUGAUUUUCCUAGAAAAUUCCAAUUCAGUCUUUAGCAUACCUCUUUGGAAAUUUACGAAAUACCCCUAGGGAUGAAAGUCUGAAAUAAACACUGAAUAUAUAAUAUUUACUCCUAAUAUUCACUUUCAAUAAAUAAUUUGAAUUACCAUUAUCAUUGACUAGCAACACUUGUCAAUGAUCAAUGAUCUACUAAUAUCAUAGCUAGGAUUUUUUUUCCGGGUGGUUUCAAUUUUUGAUGAUGAAAUAAUAAGACUAAGAAAUUAAGUUAAUUACUGGAUUAAAGUAUACUUUCAAAUUAUUUAAACAAUUAUUAUUAUAAUCUGACAUUUCAAGAGGAAAUGGGCUUGAGCCCGUAAACCUACUCCCUGACUACUAUAUUGUGCUUUACACUCUAUAAUUUUAUUGUUUCACAAUGCCAUAGCUAUUUUUUUAUACAAUUUUUUUUUAAGUAUACUUAGCUUCUACAGAGUUUGCACAUUUUUUGUUUCUGAAUAUUCGAUACAAAGUUGUUUAGUAAUUAUAUAAAAUAAAUUGAAUAUUGAAAAGAACAUUAAAUUAAAUUUCUAGGUUUACGAUUUACUAGUUGUAAAAGUGCCAAAGACCGAACAGGCAUGUCAGUAACACUUGAGCAAUGUUCUAUACUAAAUUUGGAAUAUGGAUUAGCAGAUAAUGAAAUUCAACGAGCUUUAGACUGUAUGAGAAGGUAAUAAAAUAUUAAAAUACAUGUUAAAAAAUAAAUAUAAAUGAUAUGGAUAUCUUUCAGUGAGGGAUGUAGAAGAGAAAAUACGUACAAGAACACUGGUAUUAGGAAAUAUGCGUUUAACAGGUUACAAAACUUCACCUUACCACAAAUGUACCGACCCCCGGCUGGUACUUAUGGGUCAAGCCAAACUUAAUUGUUACCAUGGUUAUUAUAUUAUUUAUUAUUUUCAUUGAUUUUUAUUAAUGCUGUUCAUUGACAAACAAAACUUUUAACAUUUUUAUAUGUUCCUAUACCAAGACUUAUAUACAAGUCUUAUAUACACAGAACUCUUAUUAUUCAUUUCAAACAAUUUCUGGAAUAAAAACAUAUAUACAGUAUGUCCCACCACGUUCAACAGAUUUUUCUAGCGCUGUUAAUAUUUUAAAAUUUUAACUUUUCUUUUCAAUCGGUUUGUUUUCAAGAGGGACAUUGAUUUGGAGAAAAAUCAAAUUUUUAUAUUCAUUCCCUAAACACAAAAAAAAACUUUAUUUAUUC